GAGACGAAGAAGAUGCGUCGAUUCCAUUUCCAGGAAAGGGUGAACCAUGGCGCAGGUUCUUAACCUAAAUCCUCUGCGUUCUUCGUCGGCUGCUCCGACGGAAUCGAGCGGCCUCCAUCUCCGAGGCAUAGCCGGGAAGCGGAGCUGGAAUCAACUUCAGAGGGAGCUCAAAUGCAACGGCAAGUUCACUUGCCUGUUCUCCAGCGGCGGGCGAGAAGAGCAGGCGAAGAAAGCAUUGGAAAGCGCGCUGGGGGGGAAGAAGAGCGAGUUCGAGAAAUGGGAUAAGGAAAUCAAGAAGAGAGAGGAAGCUAGAACCAGCGCAGGAGGAGGGGAUUCCGGUGGCGGCGGUUGGUUUGGCUCGGGCGGGCCAUUCGGAUGGUCCGGCGGCGACAAUUUCUGGCCCGAAGCUCAGCAAACCAGUCUAGCCUUGUUGGGAAUUCUGGGCAUCUACCUUUUGGUCGCCAAAGGGGACUUGAUGCUUGCCACCGUCUGCAACCCUGUGCUCCGCACCCUCAGAGGAGCCAGAGAUGGGUUGACUUUGGUUUCGUCGAAAUUCUCCGGCGUGGGCGGUGGUUAUGCUGCUGUCGGUGAACCCUCGAGCAAAGAAGCUCACAACAAUGUCGUCGUCUCCGCCAAGGAGAGAGUUUUGAGAAAAUGGGGAAGCGAUUGAAUUGAAGCUUUUGCCAGUUUUACAUGUUAGUUUCUGCAAUUGAACUGCGAUUUUGAAGUUUUCCCUUUUUCCCAUCAACAAGUGAAGAAAUUGGGCCUGUGCUAACAUUGUCUCAUUGUUCUUCCUUGAAUCUAGAUGCACUGACAUCUUAUUGCAUUCCCAUAUUCGAGUAGAAUGUAUGAAUUCCAAAAGAAUCAAAAUUCCCGUUCCAU